AGAAUCUGAUUGAAAAAUUAUUAGUUAAAAAUUGAUAUAAUUUUACAGCAGAUAUCUAACAUUGGAUAGUGAUUCAAUAAAUAUCACAUUAAAAAUAGUGAAAAAAGGAUGUCGUUCCCUCCAUCUUUACCACCAAACAAUCCAUUAUUUCCACCGGGCUUUCCUCCACCAAAUGUUCCACAAUUGCCACGAUUUCCUAUUCCUAUGGCUGGUCUAGCUCGUCCAUUGGUACCAUUACCAAUGGGUGUAACUGUUCCGGCCGGUGUAACAUCGAUAUCGGCACCACCCGUAAGAAAACAAAAUACUGCUGUUAUAGCUGCCCCUCCUGUUAUCGCUGUCAAUCCACAACCGACAAUGCUUUAUGCUCAAACUAAUCCAUUAUUGCCCAAAGUACAAACAGCACCUGCUGCUGUUUUAUCUCUUCCUGAUUCGAAUAAAAAAUUGGCCAUCACUACUGUUUUCGUAGGAAAUAUCACAGAUCGAGCUUCGGAUAUGUUAAUUCGACAACUUCUUUCGAAAUGUGGUUCUGUACAUAACUGGAAACGGAUUCAAGGACCCGAUGGCAAACUACAAGCUUUUGGUUUUUGUGACUAUGCUGAUCCGGAAUCGGCUAUGCGUGCCAUCAGACUGUUACAUGAAUUUACUAUUUCUGAUAAAAAAUUAAUUGUGAAAGCUGAUGCAAAAACGCAAGAAAAAUUAGAUGAAUAUAAUAAAAAUAUAAAAUCCGGUGAUGGUGACAAAAAUGAUCUAGAUGAAGAGGAUAAAAUAAUCAAAGGACAGCUAUUGUAUGUGUUACGAGAACAUGAAAUCGAACUAUCCAAAGAACCGGAUAACAAAGAGAAAAAAAAUCGACACAAUAAAGAUAAGGAUCCUAAACUCGAGAAUCUAUCUGAUAUGGACAUAGAAGAUGAUAAGCGUAAUCUAAUACAUAGAGAAAUUGAUAAAUUCCGUGAUACGUAUAAAAAAUAUGAUGAAGAAAAGGAAGAGGAAAAACGAAAAAAAGAGGAAGAACGUACCAGACGUAGUGAUCGUCGUGGUGAUAGUAAAAAAAGAUCUCGAUCCAGAGAUCGUGACGGCGAUAGCCGUAGCAGACGGAAAGGUGGAUCAUCUAAAGAUGACCGUGAUCGAAGAAAUCGUGACCGUCGAUCAUCAUCAUAUGAAUUGGAAACUCUUGAACGAGAUCGUUCGCAAUCACCAGUGGAUGAAGAGGAAUCAUUAAUCAGACGUCGAAGGCAAGAACAAAAUCGUGAAAAAGAGAUUUCAUAUCAGCGACGAUUACGCGACUGGGAGAGCAGAGAGAAAAGAAAAGCUCGAGAAUAUGAGCGUGAACGUCAAAAAGAAUUGCGUCGUAAAAAAGAAGAAGAAAUUGAGAAGCAAAAAUUGAAACAAUUUCUACAAGAUUAUGAUGAUUCUAAACAUGAUGAAAAGUAUUAUAGCGGUAAAGCUCUACUUCAACGUCAAAUGGAACGACGAAAAGAAAUAGAACAAGAUGAAUAUGAACGAUCACAAGAACGAAAAGAAUUGGAAGAAUUGAGAAAAAAAUUAAAUCAAGAAGGACAUCCCGAUCCGGAAUCUGAAGUACGGAAACGAUUUCAUGUGGGUGAUAGUUCGAAUGAAUUGGAUCGAUUAAAUUCAUUGAUGGAUGAAGUUCGAUCAAAAAAUUUAUUCACUGGUGAUGAUGAUAGUCAAGGUUCGGCGUCGAACGCUGUUGGUGGACAAUCAGUCAAAACUUUUGGUUUUGCCGGCAUGAAAAUAUCUACUGGACAGAAUCUUGACGUUGCUACCAAUGGUGGUACUACUCACUCAGAUGCUGCCAUUGUAAACUCGGAUCGGAUGACUUUGAUAUCGGCUCAACAAAAUAAUAAACAUCAACAAGGAUCAUCAUCGUCCUCUCAUAUAUCAAAAUCGAUGAUUGAUGCAGCCAAACGAAAAAAGAUAACCGUAUCCGAUGUGUUCAAUUCAAACGACGAUGAUGACAUCAAUUCAUUAGCGAGGAAACGUCGGCCACCACCUAAUACAUUGUUUGAAGAUAGCAAUACAGACAGCAAUCUCAGCACAACAAGCAAUACAAGACAACAAAUGUCGGCGACAGUAAAUUCAUCAUCACAAAUGACUCAAGAAGAAAAGAAAAUUCAGAUCAAAAAUCUAAUUGAUAAAAUUCCUACAUCAAAAAGUGAAUUAUUUAGCUACGUACUUGAUUGGGAUCUUUUGGAUAAUAAUUUAAUGGAACGGAGAAUUCGACCAUGGAUAAGUAAGAAAAUUAGAGAUUAUAUUGGCGAAGAGGAAACUACAUUUUUGGAUUUUAUCUGUCAAAAAUUAUUGGCCAAAGCUGAAGCUCAAAGUCUAUUGGAUGAUGUCGCCAUGGUUUUAGAUGAUGAGGCACAGGUAUUCGUUGUGAAAUUAUGGCGAUUAUUAAUCUACGAGAUUGAAGCCAAAAAACUCGGUUUGAAUAAAUAUUGAUAACAAUGAAUUUGAUUAAUUGUCCGACGUUAUAAGAUCUCUAUGAAUCUUAUCGAUUAACAUGUAUACAAGCAUUUUUUUUAUAAAGUUUUUU